AUGACAGACAAAAAGGAGUGUGGAGAUGCUGGGGUGAAUGUUAUGCUGCCUGUAACAUCAUCCAGCAUGGCAGGUUUGGCAGUGAUGGUCUGGGGAGGCAAAUCCUUGGAGGGUCACACAAACCUCUAUGUGAUAGCCAACAGUACCCUGACUGCUGUUAGCUACUGGGAUGAAAUCCUCAGAGCCAUUGUCACCAUUGUACAAUCGGCUCUACUGCCUGGGCAAGUUCUACAGAACAUUAACGCAGCAGACAAGGAUAUAAAAGUUGUGGUUGCCAUGUCCUCAUAUGAGGCUUCAGACACGACUGAGCUGACUUUUAAAAAGGGCGAGAGGCUGCAAAUACUGGAAGAAAAUGGUGAGCGGUGGAAAGCCAAGUCAUUGUCCACUGGUAAACAAGGAUUUAUACCUUCAAAUGUUGUUGAAAUGGAGGAAAGCAUGGAUAAACAUGACUGGUUCUUCAAGAACAUCAACAGAAUAGCUGCUGAGAGAUUCUUGAUGGCUCCUGUCAAUAAACCAGGUUCCUUCCUUAUACGACAGAGUGAUACAAACCCAGGUUUUUACUCUAUGUCAGUGAGAGAUGUGGAUUCUAACGGUUCAGCUGUUGUAAAGCAUUAUAAGAUUCGUCUAAUGGACAGUGGAGGAUAUUACAUUUCUCCAAAAGUCUCCUUCAAAACAUUAGAAAACCUCAUCAAACACUACAAGAAACAGAGUGAUGGAUUAUGCCAGCGAUUAGGAAAACCAUGUGUAAAGCCCAAUGAUACUACUCAGUGGGAUGGCGACGUUUGGGAAAUAUCUAAAGAAAAUCUUCAGAUGGUGAAGAGGCUUGGAGCUGGUCAGUUUGGUGAAGUCUGGAUGGCGGAAUAUAAAAACACUACCAAGGUGGCAGUAAAGACUCUGAAGCCUGGCACCAUGACAGUCGAAGCUUUUAUGCAGGAAGCAAACCUGAUGAAAACUCUACAGCAUGAUCGCCUGGUCCGCCUUUACGCUGUAGUCACCAAAACCCCACCCAUCUUCAUCAUCACGGAGUUUAUGGCUAAUGGUAGCUUGUUGGAUUUUCUGAAAAGUCCAAAUGGACGAAAAUUACAGCUACCAAAACAGAUCGACUUUGGAGCUCAGAUUGCAGAAGGCAUGGCGUACAUUGAGAAAAAGCAUUACAUUCAUAGAGACCUGCGAGCUGCCAAUGUUUUAGUCAGUGAGAGCCUGCUCUGUAAGAUCGCUGACUUCGGCCUUGCUAGGGUCAUCGAACAAAAUGAAUAUUCAGCCAGAGAAGGUGCUAAAUUUCCCAUUAAAUGGACUGCACCAGAAGCUAUAUGCUAUGGUAGCUUCACAAUCAAAUCGGACAUGUGGUCUUUUGGCAUCCUUCUGUACGAGAUCGUCACUUAUGGGAGAAUUCCCUAUCAAGGUCUGAGCAAUAGUGAAGUGAUGGCACGAGUGCAGCGUGGCUAUCGCAUGAGUUGUCCGGACAACUGCCCUGCUGAACUGUACGAGAUGAUGACAACUUGCUGGAAGAGCAAACCAGAGGAGAGGCCCACAUUCGACUACAUGCAGAGUGUGCUGGAGGAUUACUACACUGCUACAGAGGGCCAGUACCAGGCACAGCCAUGACACUCAC